UCGUUGUUUAAAUGCUCUCUAAAUGUUUGCAUUUUCUAUUGUUUGGUGUGUAACGACGACAACUCUGGACAAAAUAGUGAUUAUAUUUUCCAUUCAGAAGUUAUUUGUAAACGAUGAAAACUUUCAAUUUAUGGUUUCCAUUUCAAACAACAAUAAUUUAGAUCAGAAUAGACAUGUAUUAGACUAAAUGGUUUGAAAGUUAGUCAUGCCAGGUUUAGAAGAAAGUAUUUUACACGAUAGCAGUUCACCCACAGAGAGCCUCAUGUCCGAUGGAAUUGUCUCUGAGCAAGUGAAAAAAUUUUUAUUCACCUCUCGUAAAACUCAGGAUAACGUAGAGUGUAACGAAAGCUUAGAGAUUUACAUCCCAGAGUUACUUCAAGCUAGUUAUAGUUUUUAUACGUGGCCUUCUGCACCUGUGCUUGCUUGGUUCCUUUGGGAACAUAAAGAAGAACUAAUUGGAAAAAGAGUUUUAGAACUUGGAUCUGGUACAGCGCUUCCUGGGAUUUUAGCUAGUAAAUGCGGCGCUAUAGUAACUUUAAGUGAUUCCGCUAGUCUUCCCAGGAGUCUGCAACAUAUAAGAAGAAGUUGCGAACUGAAUGGAAUUUUAUCUCAAGUACAAAUUGUUGGUAUAACAUGGGGAUUAUUUUUAUCUAGUUUAUUCUCUGUUGGACCGUUAGAUUUAAUUCUUGGAUCUGACUGCUUCUACGAGCCAACAGUGUUUGAAGAUAUUGUUGUCACAAUAGCAUUCUUGUUAGAAAGGAAUCCAAAUGCAAAAUUUCUUUGUACGUAUCAAGAACGAAGCGCAGAUUGGUCCAUAGAACAUCUGUUAAAUAAAUGGAAUCUUACUUGUACUCAUAUAUCAUUAGCCGGACUUGGUACAGAUUCUGAUGUAAAUGUAUACGAUUUAAUGCAAGAUCACACUAUUCAUUUGUUAAGUAUACAACGUGCCACUUGAGAAGUUUGUCAUGGCUUCUCGAGCCAUCAUUGUAGUACGUGAUAUUCCUUGGACUAUUUCUGCCUCUGAAUUUGAACAGUACUUUUUAACAUUUGGUAAAAUAAGGCGAAUAAAACUUUUAUUUAACAGUCGUGGCAUUAGCGUAGGAAAAGGCAUUGUGCAAUUUUAUAACGAAGCUGCAGAACAACGUGUACUUAAGACAUCUCACUAUUUGAUGGAAACUGAAAUAAAACUACAAUUGCUGUAUGAUAUAAAGGAAGACAAAGCUAUCCGC